CCCCUGCCCAGUGGGGAGCGGGGAGGGGCUGUCCCGGCUUCGUGCGGAAAGUGCCGCGGCGGAUGCGCAGGCUGCGCCCCUCCCCCGGCCGGAGCGGAUGAAAAUAAACAGCGGCGAUGGCGGCGGCUGCGGCGAGCGGGAGCCCGGGGCCGUAGGAGACCAGGACACCCCCAGCCCGGGGCGCGGACACCGGGGACCCCCGGGCCCGGACGGCGGGGCCCCAGGGCUCUGAGACCCCAGAGCCUCGGGCGUGUGGAGCCCCGAGUUCCCCUGGGCACGGCUGGGCCCGAGAGCCGGGGACCCCUCGCCGGGCGGGUAUCGGCCCACAGGCACCCGGCGCUGAAAGGCUGAGGGACCCUCUCUCCCGCCGGGAGCUGGGACCAGGAGCCCCCCGGAUUGAGCCCCUCCCCGGGCCGGGCCCUGAGCCUGGCUCUGCUCACGGGCAGUCAGAGCACCCGCGCUGAGGGGGCCCUGGGCACAGGCGCGCUGCGGUGAGAUCGGGCCGAAGAUUUCACGGGUCCGGCUAGGAGGAGACUUCUGGAGCCCCGUACCUAGAGCUGGACCCUGAGGAGAGACCUUGGGCUGGGCACCGAGACUGGGACCAAACCCUGCUAGCUCAGAACAUUCCACUGGCGGAGAACUGAGGAGAUCCUAAAACUGAGCUACCACCUAGUCCCCUGGCCCAACGAGAAGACCAGUGAAGAUCCCAGAGGUCUAGAUGGGUUUGGCCAUGAAGAGAGACUAGGCUCACUCAGCCCCGGUCCCUCGGCAUGAGACCCAGAGCAAUCACCUCUGCCUCCUCCCUGCAGAUUUUCAUGUGCAAUGGACACCGAUCUCAACUCCCAGGACAGGAAGGACCUGGACAAGUUCAUCAAAUUUUUUGCUCUGAAGACUGUACAAGUGAUUGUCCAGGCCCGACUUGGAGAGAAAAUCUGUACUCGAUCAUCAUCCUCCCCAACAGGCUCUGACUGGUUCAACUUGGCAAUCAAAGAUAUACCAGAGGUAACUCAUGAAGCAAAGAAAGCCCUGGCAGGACAGCUACCUGCUGUUGGACGGUCAAUGUGUGUGGAGAUCUCUCUCAAAACCUCUGAGGGAGAUUCCAUGGAGCUGGAAAUCUGGUGUCUAGAAAUGAAUGAGAAGUGUGACAAAGAAAUCAAAGUUUCCUACACUGUGUACAAUAGGCUGUCUCUGCUGCUGAAGUCCUUGCUUGCUAUAACCAGGGUGACUCCAGCCUACAGACUUUCAAGGAAACAGGGCCAUGAAUAUGUAAUACUGUACAGGAUAUACUUUGGGGAAGUGCAGCUGAGCGGCUUGGGAGAAGGUUUCCAGACAGUCCGUGUUGGGACAGUGGGUACCCCAUUGGGCACCAUCACUCUGUCUUGUGCCUACAGAAUCAACCUGGCCUUCAUUUCAACCAGGCAGUUUGAGAGGACCCCACCUAUCAUGGGGAUUAUCAUUGAUCACUUUGUGGACCGUCCCUACCCCAGCUCCUCGCCCAUGCACCCCUGCAAUUACAGAACGGCUGGUGAGGACAAUGGAGCAGCAUACCCAUCAGUGGAAGACUCCCAGGAAGUGUGCACUACCUCUUUCUCUACCUCCCCUCCAUCCCAGCUUUCCAGCUCUCGUCUUUCCUAUCAGCCUGCUGCCCUGGGAGUUGGAUCAGCUGACAUGGGGUAUCCAGUAAUCUUUGCUGGUGGUUUGAAUGCUGCACAUCCUCAUCAGUUGAUUGUUCCAGGGAAGGAGGGUGGGGUGCCCCCAGUUCCUAGCCAGCCAGCACAUGGCACUCAGGCUGACCACGAGAGGAUGGUAAUGUGCACCCCUUUGGAUGGAGCCCUCUACUCAGCAGCUACUCCUUCCAGUAGUGAGGACACAGAAACCGUAUCAAACAGCAGCGGAGGGAAGAGUGGCUCCCCACACGAUCUCUUGGAGACCAUCUUUGUCCGGAAGGUGGGGGCCUUUGUCAACAAACCCAUUAAUCAGGUGACCAUGGCCAGCUUGGACAUUCCUUUCGCCAUGUUUGCUCCCAAGAAUGUUGAGCUGGAGGAUAAUGACCCCAUGGUGAAUCCUCCUGACUCCCCAGAUGUUGAGUCUCCUCUACAGGGCAGCUUGCACUCAGAGGGCUCCAGUGGCAGCAGCAGCGGGAACACACAUGACGACUUUGUCAUGGUUGACUUUAAACCAGCAUUCUCAAAAGAUGACAUUCUCCCAAUGGACUUGGGGACGUUCUACCGCGAGUUUCAGAACCCGCCUCAGCUCAGCAGCCUCUCCAUUGACAUUGGGGCUCAGUCCAUGGCAGAGGAUCUGGACUCGUUACCGGAGAAGCUGGCAGUCCAUGAGAAAAACGUCAGAGAGUUUGAUGCCUUUGUAGAGACUUUGCAGUAAAGCUGUUUUCUUAUUGCAGCAGCAGUGUCCUUCUGGAGCACUUGGAGGAGGAAGCCCAUAAUGUCUGUCUGCCACUCUCCCUUUUGUGUCCAGUUUUUCCCCCCGUAUCUUGUGGGCUUUGUCAGAUCACCUCCUCAGUACUGGGUACAGAUUCAGCUGUCAGUCUCCCCUCAGCCAGGCCCCGGGAUAGUUUUGGACCCCGUUUCCUACUGGCAUUUGAGUACUUAUCUAUGACACUACAAUAGGGACAAAAGAAAUCAAGCUUUGUUGUUAGUAACCCAGUUCCCCUUCAGUCUUCGUUCUGUGUAUGGAGGGGUUUUAUGGAAAGCUGCCAGAAAUGCUCCCUGCAAAGCCUCUUGCAUCACAAUUCCUCAAGAUGUAGCUUCUGGGGCACAGACCAUCUUUUCCCUGCAUCUGCAAUUGCACUGGAGUAUAGACAGCCUUGGCUCAGAACAAAGGAUCUGUGCAGUGGCAGACUCAGCUGGCUUGAGUGCAGGACCUCAGCUCUUAGAAAUGGGGCAUUUCAUCCUGUCUUCAGUGAGUGCAUGGACUGCAGAGCACAAGGGGAUGAGGCAGACUUCCACCUCAUGCACUGUACUGUGCGACACCUAUAGAUGUCUUCACUGUCUGCUCCCAAGGAACUGGGGCUUUGCACAGACUUUCUCUCUGGUGCCUUGUGCUGGGCCUGUCUGCCCGAAUCACAGAUGUACAACUACAGAAGCUAUGCGGAAGGGCUUUCCACAUUUUCUUGAGUGUAUGGAAACCACAAUGCUAAGGUCCCAGAAUGUGAUUGUACUGGUGCACCUGCAAGUGGCACCUUGCGAGUAUGUUAAAUUUGUAGUCACGGCUCUUGAAAUGCAGUUGUAAAUAUAAAUAGGAAUGCUAUUUCUCCAGGGUUAUGUAAUUAGGAGUCUUAGUCCCUUUUCCCUGCAAACCUUGCUGCUUUAUGGUUAAUAUAUAAGAAACAGGAAAUAUUUAUUGCUUUUAAAGAAACCUAUAUUAAAAAAAGUUAUGUUUUCACAUACAAGUGCAGGUCAUUCUGUCCUGUCACUGCAGACAGCUGUUGUGCCAUGGAGCUCUGUCCCAUGACAAUAGUCUGCCUUUGGUAGGGAAAAUCCAAGAUAUUUAUUUUCAGAGACACUUAUUUACUCUAAUACAGUGUUCUGUUCUGGGGACUUUCUUCCAUGACAUCCAGGCUGGGCAUUGAUAUAAGAACACGCAUGUGUUGGUGCAGCAGAGUGGCAGGGACUUGGUGAAGCGCUCCAUUCUGAUAGGCUUGGGAAAUGGACUUGUUCUGUUCCUCAGCCAUUCCAGAGGCAGCUUGUUCACAGAAGCACACUUUUGGAAAGUUGAUGGUACUCUUUUUAAUCAGCUGGCUUAUGAUUAGCUAAAAGUUUAUUUUUGUAAUGAGCUAGUCAUGAAGUAGUGAGUGGCUGGCAGUGCUCUGUGUUUGAUCUGGUUGUUGUGUAUCCUUUUGUCUCACGUGAGGAAGGGAGAAGCUGUGUAAUGGCACUAAGCAGGAACUCAGAGUAGGGCUUGUGCAACUUUCUCCACCCUUCAGCCGCCUGUAACUGGGCUGAGUAACUGAAGAGACUCCUGCAAGUCCCCCUUGCUAUCCACGGACGAUAUUUCUAUAGAGUGGUGGGAGUUCUCUGUACUCUGAGGAUCCUUGCUAGUUUCCUUACUACUGGUGGAGUAACUAGCUUCUGCUCAAAAAAGGCUGGAUGUGGCUUUCUCCAGAGCUCAGCACAAUUCCUGAGGUUGAAAAGGAGGGUUGCUAGCGAAUGACACUAGGCCUUGGGUUACCCCGUGGCCUCUGCCGCCCUCUGCCCUGUGCUGCUGCAAGAGCAAGGAAUUGAGCACAGGACCUGAACUGAUUCCCAAUAUGGUAAUAUGUUCUUUUGCUUUCCCAGCCCUUGAGUUGACAGGUGUUUGCUGUGCAUGAUCAGUGGCAGUGUUUUAGUUUAUGCUCUAAAGCACCAGGUAGGGGUAUUAUAACUACUUGAAGCAGCAAACUCCCCUCUCCCAGGCCACCCACCCAAUCCAACUAACUCCCAUAUCAAAAGAAUCAAUCCUUGUUUUGCAAGGAGUAAUCCAAUCUCUUCACUUGUCUGCACCAGUGCUAAAAGGCCUCCCAGUGAAGUGUAAUUGGAAAUGCUGGAGGUGAAAAUCCGACUAUCCCUGUCAAUAACACUGACUUAGGGGGCUUCAAAGCACUUGACGAAUACUCCCUACAACCUGCCUAUGAGGAGGUAAGUAAGCUGCAUCUCCACAGUACAGCUGUGGAAACUAGACAUGGGGUCAGGUGAUUUGUCCAGGGUCACACAGUGAGUAAAUGGCAGAGUCAGCAAUAUAACCCAGAUCUCGUGAUUUUCGCCCCCAUCCCCAAUCAGCUGGUCAUGCUCCCGAGUCUUGUAGUAAGUUGCAUGUGGACAUACUCUGGCACUCUGACCUUUAACUUGCAGGCUAUGCCUGGGUGAGCUCUCCUGUCAAGUUAUUUGUAGAGGUUAGUAAACUACUGGCAUGCAUUGUGCCUGCUAGGAAGAAUAGAAUAGACCUUCCUGGUGGUGAUCUUUCCCUAGGCAGCAUUGACUCUGUAGUUCCUCCUCUUCUUCACGCUGAACUGCUGUGGUAUCCACAGAAGGCAAGCCAUCAUUCCUGUUUCUGUCUGGAAAGCCUCCAGGGCCUAGUGUCUGUGCUUAGUCAUUUUCAUGUGACUUUUACAAGAUCGCAGCUCCUGCAUCUCACAAGGCAGAACUUCUGUGUAGCAACCAUGUUUGUUUAAUGCUACCCAGUGGAAAUCUGCCCACCUGGGUUGAUAGGGUAUAGCUGGAUAGCCACAGCAAUAAAGGGUUUCUCUUGGGAUGAGAGAUGUGCUUAUUCCUGGGCAAUCCUGAGAGUUUUGACACCUCCAUUCCAAAAUCUAGGCGCUCAGCUCUGUCUAAUCAAUGCAUUAGAAAUGAUUGGCCCAAAGCAGUUCUGCAAGAGGGACCUAGCUACUGAUGCUGUGGCCUGCUGUAGAAUUUGUUUAAUGAUGAAUAUUGUCAUAAUUUUAAUAGCCAUCUGCUCAGGCCUGUACUAUGUCAAGGCAGUUUGUACAUAGCGGAUGACCUACAAAUGCUUUGGGUGCAGGGUACUAAAUUGCAUUGUUUUGGAAAUAGUCUCCAAGGCACUUCAUGUAUUCAAAGAAUUUCCAAUAAAUCUUUUAUGUAAGCAACUCUGA